UUGAUCGGAGCAGCGACUCGUCUUAGGCUGUGAGAUUUCUACUGAAAAACACAUAACUGGAGGAUUUUAGGUGUAAACCUGAAGAGACUGUGAGCUGGUGAGUCCUGCUGAAGGUUUAAGAAGAAAUGGCUGAAAAAAUUACUGCUUUUGAGAAAUACCUGACCUGCCAUGUGUGUUUAGAGACAUUCAGAGAUCCUGUGUCUCUGAGCUGUAACCACAGCUUCUGUUCAAGCUGCCUGAAACAAUUCUGGGAAAAAGCUGGAAACAAAAACUGUCCGAUUUGUCAAAGAAAAUCCUCCAAAGACAAUCUAGCUGUGAACUUUGCUCUGAAGGAGCUGGCAGAAUCCUUUGCUGGCAGACAGAAAUCUGGAUCAUCUGAGGGAGAAGAGAGGGACAAGGAGGAGGAGCUGGUGUGUCGUGAACACCAAGAAGAGCCCAGACUGUUCUGUGUGCAGGAGCAGAGAGCUUUGUGUACUGUCUGCCAUUUUCCUCAUGACAGCAGCCACAGAGUGAUUCCUGUAGAAGAAGCAGUGAAGGAUCUGAAGGAGACGCUGAGAUGUGACUUCAAGUCUCUGCAGGACAAGAGGGAGAAAUACCAACAGCUGCAGAAAACAUACAGGGACGUGGUCCAAGAGUCCAAGAAGCAGCUGGAGUCCACAGAGAGGCAGAUCAGAGCCCAGUUCAACAAGCUGCACCAGUUCCUGAGAGAGGAAGAGGAGUCCAGACUGGCAGCUCUGAGGGAGGAAGAGGAGCAGAAGGCAGAGCGUGUGAGCAGAGAGAUGAAGAGGAUGGAGGAGCAGAUCUCCUCCCUCUCAGACUGCAUGGCUGCUGUUGAAGCAGAGCUGCAGAAAGCCAGCGGGGCGUUCCUCAGCAGCUCCAGAGACGCUCAGAGCCGAGCCAGAGCCCAGUGCUCACUGUCAGAUCCACAGCUGCCCUCAGGACUGCUCAUAGAUGUGGCCAAACACCUGGGAAACCUGUCCUUCUCAGUCUGGAGCAAGAUGAAGGACCUGGUCCACUUCACUCCUCUCAUUCUGGACCCAAACACUGCAGCUUGCAACCUCUACCUGUCUGAUGAUCUGACCAGUGUGAGAUAUGGAGACACUCGGCAGCUUCCUGAUAAUCCAGAGAGAUUCAUUAAGUAUCGUAAUGUCCUGGGCUCUGAGGGCUUCAGCUCAGGGAAACACAGCUGGGAGGUGGAGGUGGGAGAUCUUCCAGUCUGGACUGUUGGAUUGGCGAAAGAGUCAGUUGACAGGAGGGGAGAGAGAUCUGCUUCCCCAGAAUAUGGAAUCUGGUGUUUAUGGCAUGGUGAUGGAAAAUACAUUAAUGGUUCUGGUCAGUCAGUCAUAGUGAAGGAGAGUCUCCAGAGGAUCAGAGUCCAGCUGGACUAUGACAGGGGGGAGGUGUCCUUCUGCGACUCUGGAGACCUGAGUCACAUCUACACUCACAAAGACACUUUCACUGAGAAACUCUUCCCUUAUUUCCAUGUUGGACCAUCUGCUGGAGCCAAAACCACGACUCUCACCGUCUGUCAGGCUGAGAUUACUCUGUGAUGUUCAGGCAGGUUCACACAUUUAUAUCAAACUGAAGAACAAAAGAAAUGAAGAGAAAGAAAGUUUGAUCUGAUUGAAAUAAUUGGAAAACUUUUCCAGUUAAACAUGGGCUCACAGAAGUAAAUCAUCAAAUAUCAGUUUAUUGCCUCUGCAAUGCAGGCAUCUAAUGGUUUAUAAACAGUUUUUUCUUGAUUGUAUCAGUUCUUGUUUAAAUUACUGAUUCAAAAAGAUUAAUUUAAAACUAUUUUCUUCAUUUUUCCAGGAUAAAACAAAUCAUGUUACAUCCCAUGAAGUGUUUUGAAAAGAUUUAUUUGCAUUUUGUAUUGUCAGGAAAACACAAACACAUAAAAAAUAUCAACUAGUAUCAAUAACGAAAAAAAAAGUGUCCUCAAUGUUUUUUCUUUGUGGUCAGUGUAAUGUUUUGUUUCUGAAAAAACUGCUGCAUUGUUUAAGUUUCACAUGGAAACAAAAAAAAGGAAUUAAAUAUUUUCUAUAUGAAUAUAUUUGUUCUUGUUAUGUUAAAGCAGUAUAACUCUUUACAGCGCUGUGGCUUUUAAUUUGAAAGAUUGAAACAAGCUUAAAAUACUUCAACUUCCUCCAAACAGCCUCUUGAAUAGAUUUGUACAACAUUUCCAUUCCUGACGAUCGUCUCACUCGACAAACCUGAAAUCUUUCUCUUCCUGCUGGUUGGAAAAACUCUCAGAGUCACUGAAAUGAUUUAAUCCAGACAUGAUUCAUUGAUCACAGUUCAGUCUUCUGCUGUCUGCAUAUUGUCCAUGUUGGUGUCAGGAUCAUGAUCACUUUGUCAUAUAUUGUGAUUUAAAUCUUUUUUAAUGGAGGAGCCUCAUUGCCAGAUUAUUUUAGAUGAACAGGACUGAUUGUGAUCCACAGUUUGUUUCUUUGCUGCUGUGUUUAAGUUUUGUUCCGUUUUAAAUGGGACGGUUUCAUGUCUUCAGUUGUUUUCCUGUUUAUUUGACCUGAGAUUCUCAUUUCUCUCUUCUCAUUCUUCCUGUUUUGAUAAGUUAGUUUUAUUGUACUUUUGAUAAGUUUGGAGAAUCAAAGCUGUUGAUUGUAACUGAAGCCGAUUUCAAUUGUUCCCAGUCGCUGUUUUUAGUCUUUGCUUCAUUGUCAGUUUACUUUCUGUGACUGUUUAUUGUUUGUUUUCUUUAUUUCUCUCCACAUUGAUGAUGAUAAAGAUUUAUUUGACCUUUGUUAAUUCAGGAACAGACGACCUUUGUUUAGAGCCAUAAGGUCCAAAACCAGCAUGAAGAUGAUUGAAUCAGUAAUAAAGUGAAGUUGGAGUGAAAACGUGGCUUCCUGCUGAUGAGUGUGUGUGACUGUGUGUUUGUCCUGUGAUGGACGGCUGAGCCGUCCUGCUCCCCUGAAACACUGAGCUGAUAAAGAGGAGGAAGAGAUGGACACACUGAACACACACAGCUUUGUUCCAUUUCAAACAGAAUGAAUAUGAGCAGCACUAACUGUUGUGGAGACCGUCUGCAGAGUCUUCCUUUCUUUCAGAGUCCACAGCUCCCAGCAGCCCAACACAGGCUGGAAAGACACAGAACAUCAGUGAAAGCUCACC